AUGGCUAGUAUUCUUUGUGUUGAUUGUCCGCUCAUAGGGAAUAACCCACUAAAAGCACUGAUUAUGUGGUGCUCUUACAGCGGGUCUAAAGGUCUCGCUAAGCACAUGGAGAACAACAAACGGAAAUACGUCCUUUAG